AUGCAGAAUUUAAAGAUUUUCACCUCAGUGCUGUAUCCACUCCGAUUCUUUGGCUUACAAUUUUACUCAAUAAACUCAAUCAACCAGUUUGCAGCACAUCAAGGAACAUUUGAGACUAAGUUUAUCAUUUUAUUCAUCAUAGCUUUGCCAACAUACUCAAUAAUAUCCAGCUAUUAUUACAUCUUUGCCUUUAUUAACUUUGAGGAUGUUGCAUCGUCCCACAAUGUCCUUCAAUAUGAGUUCAAAAUAGUCGUUUACACUGGCCGGUUCCUCAUCAUUGUCGUGUCAAUCUUCGAAGCAUUUCUGAAGACUAAAAAAGUCAAGAAAAUUUGGACUAAAUGUUGGAAAGUCAGCAAGGUUUUAAGCCAUGAAUUUGGAAUCAAUUUGAAAGGACAUUAUUGGAAGCUGCAUGCUGUAAUGAAGCGUAGGAUGAUGUUUAUCUUCAUUGGGCUCUUGAUAGUCGAGGUUGUUCCUCAAAUAUCUCCUAAUUUCACACUCCAUACAGCAGUCAUGAUUGUCACUAAACUCACAGGAUCAAUAAUCAUCAGCCUUGUCAUUUUUAAGCACUGCUUUUACGUCGACUUCAUCAAUCUUCACAUAUCCAUCAUCACUGACAUCAUCAAGACUAAAAAGCUCAAUAAAAUUCACAUUUUACGGCAAUGCUACACAGAACUCAUCAAAAUGGAAAGGCUAGUAAAUGAGUCAGUCUCGCUGCAACUGCCAAUUACAGUUUCAAUCAUCAUAAUGUGUCUGAUUCGACGUGCUUAUCGCUUCUAUGCAUUAUUUACGGGACAAUUGCAUGUCAGCGCUUUUAUUUACACAAUUAUGAACAACACGAGUGAGGAACUUGCUUAUAUUUAUGCAUUGUGCUUUUGCUGUGAUAGGACGGAGAUUGUUAUGAACAACUUGAAGGAAGCUAUGCGAAAGGUUGAUUGUGGACAUUUUAAUACAGAAAGAAUGAAAGCCCUGAGUUUUCUGUCUGAUCAAAUUCUGAUGCAACCAAUUGGAUUUCAUGUGAUGAGCGCAUACAAGUUGAACAUUGAGUACUUUGCAGAGGUUUGUAUGAAUUAUAUUAAUGUUAUUUUUGAAGAGCUUGGGCUGGGAUUGUGA